UCGGAUGAUAAAGCAAGAUGGCGUCUGACGGAGAAGUCCUAAACGCGGGCAUUAUAUUUCUGUAUUCUUACAUAUAUGUUGUUUAUUAGAGUACACACGGUUGAUAAUUGUUUGUAGCCGGAUACAUUAGUCUGAGCACACUUUGACACUUCUCCUGUUUGAUAGCUUCAUUUAAGGUAGCUUGCAGCUAGUUUAGCUGGCUAGUUAGCUUAGCUUGUUAGCUGCUAACAAAGAGACGCGGAAGUUAUUUUAACAUCGCUAAUUAGGGAACUAAUGUGAGUGUAAAGUGUUGUGAUUGUGUGAAAAUGUGCGAAAGAACGACAUCAAAGUAUGAGGAGGAACUUUGGCCAACAAAAGAGGAGAAGGAGCGACAACAUCAACUACUGGAUGUUUAUUAUGAGAAACAUCAUCAAGUUGUGUUACACAGAACAGUUGUACAAACACACAGCGCGGCAACUGUGAUCCACACGCUGCAGUAUUUCACCACUGCAUCCUCUCAAGUUCCAAAUUUACCACAGUUUGUGGAGGUUGGUUAUGUUGAUGAAGUUGAGAUGAGUUACUAUGACAGCAACAUCAGGAAAGCAGAAUCCAAACAGGACUGGAUGAACAAAAUCACAGCAGAGGAUCCAAACUACUGGCAGAGAGAAACAGAGAAAAAAGUUUUUAGACAACAUGUCUCCAAAGACAACAUUGAAAUACUUAAGAAGCGUUUCAACCAAACUGGAGGUGUUCACACUUACCAGGUGAUGACAGGAUGUGAAUGGAAUGAUGAGACUGAUGAGGUUAAAGGUUGGCAGCAGCACAGUUAUGAUGGAGAAGAUUUCAUAUCGUUGGAAAUGAAGACAUGGACAUGGACCGCAGAAAAACAACAAGCUUUCCCCACCAAACUCAAGUGGGACCAGGACAUACGUCUACUAGCCGACUAUAAGUAUUAUUUCACUGAGGGAUGUCCUUCUUACUUGAAGAAGUAUGUGGAGUAUGGGAAGAAGGUCCUAAUGAGAACAGAGCUUCCAGAGGUGUUCCUCCUCCAGAAGACGCCAUCCUCUCCGGUCAUCUGCAUGGCGACAGGUUUCUACCCCGACCGAGCCGACUUGUUUUGGAGGAAAGACGGCGAGCAGAUCUUGGAGGACGUGGAGCACGGAGAGCUGCUCCCCAACCACGACGGAACCUUCCAGAUGUCGGUGGAGCUGAAAGUGGAGGUGACGGCCGAGGUGGAGGGCAAGUACGAAUGUGUGUUCCAGCUGUCUGGCGUCAAGGAGGACCUGGUCACCAAGCUGGAGAGAAGAAGCAUCCUGAGCAACGCAAGCCAUGAAGCUGUCAAACAAAUCAAUCAUACCAUACCAACAGGCAACGUGAGCGUCACUGCCACGCUGGCGGUCCUCGCUGUGGUGGUCCUCCUGGCGGCCCCCAUCAUCAUCAUCAUCAUCAAGCGUCGCCGAAGCAGACAAGCCCAAUACGAUCCAGCUGCUGGUGACGGUGGUAACGAGCUCUCAGAGAGACGUGAAGGCUGAAGGCUGAGUGACACACAGCAGUCGGCACACAGAUGCUUUGUGCACUGGAACACAGAGAGAUGUCUCCAUCGCUGAGGGACCUCAUCACACUUGGACAUUUCUUUCACAUCUGCACAAAUUGCUCCUCGUCUUACACGAUGUCUUCUUUGGCUGUUUAUGGCUGAGAAAACAGCUUCAAUCUGCAAUUUCCAACAAUAUUUUGCCAGUGAAUCAUGUUGAUGUUGAUCUUUGUGUCCAUGUAGUUGUGAUGUCAUCAUUUGGGGUUCAUGUGUCAUCACAUUGACAAGGAUUUCUUCUUUCCUUUUCAAACCAAUAGACAGCUGCUAAUCAGAGAAUAUCACCUUGUGUCACAUCUCAUCAUUAUUUUUACAAAUAUUUUGGAACAAUAGUACAAUUUUUCGGGACUGUUCUAUGAUAAUGCAAAUUUUUUUUUAUGUAACAUUUAAGAAUGAUGAUUAUGAGAACUGCUGUCCAGUUGUUAUAUCUUGUUUUCUGAUUACAUUAGUCUCAUUUACAAUGCAGUUGCACUUCCAAGACCAUUAGAUGGCAGUUCUGUAUAACUAUUUAUGGUAUGUUGUCAAACUAGAAAGUAGCUUUUUUUAGGAAGAAUAAUUAGUUAGGUUACGCCCUACAGCGUGUCAAUACUGUAAGAAUAGUUCUCAUUACACAAAACUGUAGAACUAUAAUCUUAAUUGUAGUUCCUUAUACCAAAUUCCAAGGUGUUGAAAUCGCCAUGUAAAAUCGCUUGUUAAUUGUAGCCUGUCUAUGGCAAAUCCUAUGUAAAUUAGCAUUAAGCUAGCACAUUUUAAAAGAGUGUCACAUUACUUAAUGUUUGAGCGUUUUUUUUUAUGAAGCAGACUUUUUUGGUGUUGAAAAUGGCAAGGUGACUUAGAGGGAGUUUGGCUGAGUCCGGCCUGAGUAUUACUCGAGUGAUUGUUUACGUGAGCCCGUGUUUAGUCUGAGAGCAGACAUGACCAGACUGAAACUGGACAUGACGUCACAUGCAACAAAGAUAUCGAACUAUGGCACCCUUUGAUUUUACGUGAAUUGAUAGGAACAGGGGAAUUUGGUCAUUACCUACAAAAGUACUGAAUUCGGUACCCAACCCUACUAGUUAGUGUGACACAAUAUUUUUAUGACAAGGCGUUGCAAAAUAUUUAUAUUUUUUGAAAACCUUUGCUGUUUUUUCUGUUCUUUUUUGCAUUGUCAUAUUUUUGCUUGAUUGCCAAACAUGCCGAGGAUGUCAUUUGGGAAGUAAACAAGGUAGGCCGUUCAUAUACUCUUGAUAUUCAGUGUUUUAUGUGUACAAUGUUUCAUGUACAUUUGGGGGUUUUAUUCAGUAAAAACUUGUCAAAUACAA